UAAAAUAAAAUAAAAAAUUAUAUUUUUCUUUAAUUAAUUAAUUAGUUGUAUAUAUAGAUACCGGAAUCUAUUUCAAUACCAAUCCCAAUCCGGUGUUAAAUCAAUUGUUUACAACAUUAAAAAGAAAGAAAGAAAGAAAGAAAGAAAGAUAUGCGCUCAAAUUAUUUAAAAAUACAGGCGGUGGAAUCGCCCAAGAUGAUGAUGAUGAUGAUGAUGAUAUGGAUAUUGAUAUUGAAGGACGUGGGAAGGGUGAAAGGAGCAGUGGAGGGUGACGAUAAGACAAAACUGUUGAACCAGGGAUGCAGCCGGUACAACGCCAUCGAUACUUCCGAGUUCUACUCCAAUCUCAACGCCACCUUCUCCGACCUCAGAGCACAACUCACCACCACCACCAAACACUUUGCCACCGCCCAGCAGGUCAAGGGUUCUGACUCCGUCUACGCCCUCGUCCAGUGUCGCAACUACCUCUCAACGCCCGACUGCACUGCCUGUUUUGCAGCCGCUCAGUCCAAAAUCAGGAACUGCUCUGCUGCCAACGGUGCCCGACUCAUCUACCAAGGCUGCAUCCUCAGGUACGAGAGCAGUGGAUUCUUUGAGCAGACAAGUGUUGCGGGGAACACAGCGAUCUGCUAGAACCAAACACUAACAUCAGGGGCUACAGCUUUUAGUGCAACAGUUGAAGGACUGAUAUCUGAUCUCCAAGAAGCAACACCCAAAAUCAAUGGCUUUUUUGCAGCAAGCAAGAGGGAAAUAACUGCUACAAGUAAUAAUAAUAAUAUUAAUAAUAAUGCAUCAUCAUCAGCGGUUUAUGGUGUAGCCCAAUGUGUGGAAACGGUAAGCAAGAGCGGUUGUGAGGAAUGUUUGAAGGUUGCAUAUGUAAACUUGCAGGGGUGCCUUCCUGAUUCAGGUGGUAGUUCAGUGGAUGCUGGGUGUUUUCUGAGAUACUCAAACACUCCCUUCUUUGCUGACAAUCAAACUACAAACCUCUCUCCUUUCUUGACUAACAAUGGGGCUUCAACCAAGAAUGGUGCCAUUAUAGGAGGAGUUGUUGGAGGUCUGGCAGGUCUUCUCUUGCUCCUUCUUGGAUUGUUUUUCUGGUUUAAACGAUCAAGAAAGUCCGAGGCAGUCCCUAGAGGUGACAUUUUGGGAGCGACUGAAUUGCAGGGCCCUGUGAAUUAUAGUUACAAAGUUUUGAAAUAUGCAACAAAAAACUACAGUGAAGAAAACAAACUUGGCGAAGGAGGUUUUGGUGAUGUAUAUAAGGGUACUCUUAGGAAUGGGAAGAUAGUUGCAGUCAAAAAGCUAGCAAUAGGGCAAUCCCGCAUGGCAAAGGAUGAGUUCGAGAGUGAAGUAAAGCUUAUAAGUAAUGUUCAUCAUCGAAACCUCAUUCGUCUUCUUGGCUGUUGCAGCAAAGGGCCAGAACUGCUUCUGGUGUAUGAGUUCAUGCCAAAUGGCAGCUUAGACAAAUUCUUGUUCAGAGACAAAAAAGGGACACUCAAUUGGAAACAGAGAUUUGACAUAAUAAUGGGAACAGCUAGGGGUCUGGCUUAUUUACAUGAGGAAUUCCAUGUGUGUAUCAUACAUAGAGAUAUCAAAACCAGCAACAUUCUUUUAGAUGAAGAUUUCCAUCCCAGAAUUGCAGAUUUUGGGUUGGCAAGGCUUCUUCCUGAGGAUCGGAGUCAUCUCAGUACCAGAUUUGCGGGAACAUUGGGAUACACAGCACCUGAAUAUGCAAUCCAUGGCCAGUUAUCAGAGAAGGCUGACACCUACAGCUAUGGUGUCGUUGUGCUUGAAAUCAUAAGUGGCCAAAAGAGCAAUGAAAUUAAAGCUGAUUCAGGGGGUGAAUAUCUUCUUGAAAGGGCGUGGAAACUUUAUGAGGAUGAGAAGCAGUUGGAGUUGGUGGAUGAAAGUUUAGACGAAAACGAAUAUGAAGCAGAAAACAUGAAAAAAGUGAUAGAGAUAGCUCUUAUGUGCACACAAUCAACACCCGUUCAGAGGCCUACAAUGUCUGAAGUAGUUGCUUUGCUUAAAAGCAGGAGCCCCUUAGAGCAGAGGCCACUUACCAAGCCUAUCUUCAUUGAUGCCAAACAGAGGACAAGAAGUGAUACUUCAACCUCCACUGCUUCCUCCAAUUCUAAUGCUACCGUCUCCAUCUCUCAGGUGUCUGGUCGAUAAGAUUCAGAUUCUGAAUGUCACAUCCAUACACACACCACACAUGCACGUGUAUACAUAAGUCUUUUUGAGAACACUUUAGAUGGCAAUAAUCCUAUGUUAUUGAGUACCAAAUCCUAGUUCAAUUAGGUCUGCGGGAAUUUGCAAUUUUCCUUUUAUGUGGUUAUGAAGAUCUUGUAUUUACUCAUAUUCCUUCAUAUUCCUUCCUCUUUAUUUCUAGAAGCCUGUAUUGAAAGUAUAUAUAAAUUAUCGAAGAGAAUUAUGUUGUCUUGAAUCUUGAUUACCAUUGGAUUACUGAAAAAUGGGGUUUUCCUUUUCUUUUUCUUUUCUUUUUUCUAAUUUAAACACUCUUUUAUACUCAUCUUAACCCCGGGAUGCAACAGGAAGGU